UUUCCGGCCGGGCGCCGCGGCGUUUCCUCCGCGCGUCCAUUGCAGCCGCCGCCGCUGCCCGGAGAGACGGAGCCUCCGCCGCCGCCGCCGAGACCCCCGCCCGCCCCCGCUAAGGCAGCCGCUGGACGGUCGGUCGGUGGGUCGGGCUGAUGUGAGCCGGUGCCUGGCUGGCCCCCCUCCGGCGCCCCCUCCCCACGGGCCCAGCAGGGAGCCGGUUGCUUCCCCCCCCCACGACCCCCCUCCCGGAGGGGAGAGAUGCUCCCGUGAAGGAUCGAGGAGGGCACUGAAGGGCACCACCCUCACCCUCUGAAGCCACCUCGGAGGAGACCCCCCCCCCGGCGCCAGGACCCCACCACCCCGCCGGGCCAUGUGCUGAAAGAUGUCCCUCUCCAGGCUGAACAGCACCACCAAUGGCUUCCCGGAAGACCCCUCCCGGAUGGAGGCCGCCAACGGGGCAGACCUGGCCCAGGUCCUCAGCUGCUUGGAGGUGGGCACCGUCUUGACCUUAUUCUACCAGAAGAAGUCACAGCGGCCGGAACGCAGGAGCUUCCAAGUCCGGCUGAAGAGCCGUCAGAUCGUCUGGAGCCGAAGCCCCGAGAAAGUGGAAGGCGAUGUGGACAUCAGGGAAAUCAAACAGAUCCGGCCCGGCAAGAAUUCCAGGGAUUUUGAACGUUACCCAGAAGAAGCCCGGAAGUUGGACUCCGCGUUGUGUUUUGUCAUCCUGUACGGAACGGACUUCAGGCUGAAAACCUUGAGUGUUGCUGCUUUUUGCGAGGAUGACGUGACCUUCUGGGUGGCCGGGCUGAACUGGCUGGUGACGGAUACGCAGCGAUCACCCACUCCUCUCCAGGCUGAAAGAUGGUUGAGGAAGCAGUUUGACUCCAUGGACCGAUCUAGAGAAGGCAGCAUCAGCCCCAAGGAUCUGAAGGCCAUGUUACCCCAGGUCAACUGCCGCGUGCCGAAUAUGCGUUUCCUUCGAGAUAAACUCGUGGAGGUGGAGGUUCGCGGUGAAAUUGCCUUCAGCCAUUUUACCCAGUUCUACAAAAACCUCAUGUUUGAUGCGCAGAAAUCGAUCAUCGAACAACUAGAGCUGUCCUUCCCUCUACGGAACAUGGAUCGGCCGGAACUCUGUCAAAUCACCUUGUAUGACUUCCAGAAAUUCUUACAAUACGAUCAAAAGGAGGCCUGGGCGAGCGAUCUUGCCAAAGUUCGCCGGUUCAUGUGCAGCUACUUGCAGGAUCGUUCUGCCGACACGACAGAGCCCGUCUUCCAGUUAGAUGAAUUCCUGACGUUCUUGUUCUCCAAAGAAAACACGCUGAUGGAUUCCAAGGGUGAGCAAGUGGUCCCUGAAGAAAUGAAUUUUCCCCUGUCCCAGUACUGGAUCUCGUCUUCACAUAACACGUAUCUCACCGGGGAUCAGUUCUCCAGCGAGUCCUCCCUGGAAGCCUACGCCCGCUGCCUUCGGAUGGGCUGCCGAUGCAUUGAAUUGGACUGUUGGGAUGGCCCCGAUGACCUGCCCAUCAUCUACCACGGCCACACGCUGACCUCCAAAAUCAAGUUCCUCGAUGUGUUGCACACCAUCAAGGAGCACGCGUUCACCACCUCCGAGUAUCCCAUCAUCCUGUCCAUCGAAGACCACUGCAGCAUCGUCCAGCAGAGGAACAUGGCGUCCCACUUCAAGAAGGUCUUUGGCGACAUGCUGCUCACCAAGCCGGUGGACGUCAACGCCGACCAGCUUCCUUCUCCUGCCCAGCUGAAGAAAAAAAUCCUGAUCAAGCACAAGAAGCUGGUGGAAGGCAACCUGUACGAAGAAGUCUCCACGGCCAGCUACUCUGAGAACGACAUCAGCAACUCCAUCAAGAACGGCAUCUUGUACCUUGAAGACCCCAUUGACCACACCUGGAGCCCCCACUACUUUGUUCUGACCAGCAACAAGAUCUACUACUCCGAGGAGACCUCCCACUAUCAGUCCCACGAGGAAGAGGAGGAGGCCGAGCAGAAGGAGGAGAUUAACAACAACGAGCUGCACUUUAGCGAGAAGUGGUUCCACGGCAAAUUGGGCGGGGGCCGCGAUGGGCGCCAGAUUGCCGAGCGGCUGCUGCACGAAUACUGCACCGAGACCGGGGGCAAAGACGGCACUUUCCUGGUCCGGGAGAGCGAGACCUUUGUGGGAGAUUACACCCUUUCUUUCUGGCGUUCCGGCCGGGUCCAACAUUGCCGCAUCCACUCCCGGCAAGAAGCCGGCGCUACCAAGUUCUACCUGACCGACAACCUGGUUUUCGACAGCCUCUACAGCCUCAUCUGCCAUUACCAUGAGGUUCCGCUGCGCUGCAACGAGUUCGAGAUGCGACUGACCGAUCCGGUGCCUCAGCCCAACGCUCACGAGAGCAAGGAGUGGUACCAUGCCAACCUCACCCGCCUGCAGGCUGAGCACAUGCUGAUGCGGGUGCCCAGGGACGGCGCCUUCCUGGUGCGCAAGCGAAGCGAGGCCAACUCCUACGCCAUCUCCUUUCGGGCCGAGGGGAAGAUCAAGCACUGCCGGGUCCAGCAAGAAGGGCGGCUUUUCACGCUGGGCAGCUCGGCCGAAUUCGAGAGCCUGCUCGACCUGGUCAGCUACUACGAGAAGCACCCCCUCUACCGCAAGAUGAAGCUGCGGUACCCCAUCAACGAGGAGACCCUGGAGAGGAUGGGCACGGCGGAACUGGAUUAUGGGGCGCUGUACGAGGUGAGGAGUCCUCACUUUUACGUGGAGGCCAACAAGAUGCCUGUGGCGAGAUGUACCGUAAAGGCCUUGUACGACUACAAAGCCCAGCGAGAAGACGAACUGUCCUUCUGCAAACAAGCCAUCAUCCACAACGUGGACAAGCAGGACGGCGGAUGGUGGCGAGGCGAUUACGGCGGGAAGAAACAGCUCUGGUUCCCAGCUAACUACGUGGAGGAGAUCCUGAGUGCCUCCGUGCCGGAGCAGGACGAAGCGUCCGUGGAGAACAGCCCUUUGGGGAACUUCCUGAAAGGAUUCAUUGACGUCCCCUCUUGCCACGUGGUUAUCUCCAAAGACGCCAGGAGCCCCAAACCCUUUGUCUUCACCAUCCAUUCUCAGCAGAUGACCCACCCAUCCCAGUCGCUGGACGUUGCCACCGAUUCUCUGGAGGAGCUGAACGACUGGGUGGCCAAGAUCCGGGAGGUCACGCAGAACGCAGACGCCAGGAUGCAGGAAGGGAAGAUCAUGGAACGGAGGAAGAAGAUCGCCCUGGAGCUAUCAGAAUUGGUCGUUUAUUGCCGCCCGGUGCCUUUUGACGAGGAGAAGAUCGGCACGGAGAAAGCCUGUUACCGAGACAUGUCUUCCUUCCCGGAGACGAAGGCGGAGAAAUACGCCAAUCGCAGCAAGGGGAAAAAAUUCCUCCAAUACAACCGGCGACAACUGAGCCGCGUCUACCCCAAGGGGCAGCGCCUCGACUCCUCCAACUACGACCCGUUGCCGAUGUGGAUCUGUGGCAGCCAGUUAGUGGCCCUCAACUUCCAGACGCCUGACAAACCGAUGCAGCUGAACCAGGCGCUCUUCAUGCUGGGUGGGCGCAGUGGCUACGUCUUGCAGCCGGACAUGAUGCGGGACGAUCUCUUUGAGCCUUUCAACAAGAGCAGCCUGAAGCACGUGGAGCCCAUCACCGUCCAGUUGCAGAUCUUAGGGGCCCGGCACCUGCCCAAAAACGGCCGCAGCAUCGUUUGCCCCUUUGUGGAAGUGGAGGUGUGUGGCUCGGAGUUUGACAACGGCAAAAACAAGACGGAUGUCGUAGCCGACAACGGCCUCAACCCCGUCUGGCUGGUCAAGCAGUUUGUCUUCGACAUCAACAACCCAGACUUUGCGUUUCUGCGCUGUGUGGUGUACGAGGAAGACAUGUUCAGCGACCCCAACUUCUUGGCCCAGGCGACCUUCCCCGUCAAAAGCCUCAAAACAGGAUACCGGUCGGUGCCACUGAAGAACAGCUACAGUGAGGAUCUCGAACUGGCUUCUCUGCUGCUCCACAUUGAGAUCAUUAAUGCCAAGGAAGAAGACGAUGAGAACUUGUAUUCCUCCAUCCAGCAACUCCGCGACCGGGCCAACGAGCUCUCCAACCAGGUGUCCAACCUGGAGCACAGCAACAAUUGCGACUCGCGUUACCAGCAACGGCUGGAUGAGCUGAGGCUGGCUCAGGAGCAACUCAUGGAGCUGACCGAAGCACGCAAUAGGAAGUUGAUGGAGAAGAAGAAGCGAGACCGGCAGUUGGCCAACAAGCGUAACUGAAAGGCACGCGACUUUCCUGCUCUUAACUGUCGUCCCGGAGAGAUUGGCGGGUCUCUUCUCCAUCCUUCCAAGGAGACCCCCGUUAGGCCCGCCGAAUCCUGCCAGCCUCCCGGGCUGCUGGGCCUGCGGCCGCAGGGACGAGACCCCCUCGGCCGGCGUCCCCUUCCGGGCGUCGAAAACAGGACCCCUUGCCAAACGAUUCCACUCGACGUGAAGCAGAUCGUGAAGCAGAUCCUUCCUGCGUCGGAUGGCCUGCCGUUCUGCCGGUCCUUCUCUCCUUCGACCCGUUUCAUCGGCGGGCUCUCUUUUAAUCCACCUUUGUUUUUGUUUCUUUCCUUUCCUGGCGGAUCGGGAAGACGAGCCUUUACGAUGGGUUUAUUAUUAUUAUUAUUAUGAA